GCCGUGUUCCCACGUAUGUCUCCUGAUUGACACCCAGCGCAGCCAAUCAGAAUGAGAAUGUGGGAGUGACGUCAGGAGGACACGUAGGGCGCGAGGGUGAGGAAGAUGGCGCUGGGUUUGGGACAGAGGGCUCGAGAGGAGGAGAUGGAAUUUCAGGACAUCAGACCAUCUUCUUCUUCUGGAGACCACCAGAAUGAUCUGGACAGUUUGUUAGUUGUCAUUAAAACAGAACCAGAUCAUGACGAAGGAAUUGGUUCCUUCGUUGAAGACCACCAUGACCUCCAGCUGCCGGGGAAUGCGUUCAGUCCGUCCCCCUCGAUCCCUAAAGAGUCGUGGGAUUGGUUAUCUGAACGAGGGAGUCGGUACACACUCGAGAAAGAGGAGGACGAGCAAGAGGACAUACGAAGUUCACUAGUCGUUAUUAAAGUAGAACCAGAUGAAGAAGAACCGUGUUCCAGUGGUGACCAGUGUGAUGUCCAUCAUGAGUUGGACAUGAUGUCCGAAAUGAUGGUGCCAAGAGUUGGGACAAGUGAGCAGGACCUCCAGGAAAUGCCGUUUACUUCUUACAGUGAUGAAGAUCCAGAGCAUGAAAACAGCAGGACGUUUCCUAUCGUAAAUAACGAUUUAAACACUACAGGUGAGGACAUCCAGCCCUCUUUUGGACAACCCAAAGAACCGAGGUCUUACUGCUGUUCUUACUGCGGAAGGACUUUCUCAAAAUCGUCACCCUUUUAUAGUCACAUGAGAAUUCAUACCGGUGAGAGGCCUUUCCAGUGCACCCACUGCGACAAAUCCUUUAUUCAGUCGACUACAUUCAAAAUCCACCAGAGAAUACAUACCGGAGAACGGCCUUACCAAUGCUCUGAGUGCGGAAAGACCUUCAAACGCUUAGACAACCUUCGGAUCCACCAGAGAACUCAUACCGGAGAGAAACCGUACAAGUGCUCUCACUGUCCCAAGACUUUUUCACGUCUAGAUAUUCUCCAGAACCACGAGAGAAUUCAUACCGGAGAAAAGCCGUUUCUUUGCUCCUACUGCUCUAAGACUUUUUCGCGGAUGUGCAUAUUUCAGGUUCAUUUGCGAACCCAUACAGGGGAGAGGCCUUACCAGUGCAUGGUAUGUGAAAAGAGGUUUGUAGAACUUUCGAAUCUGAAGAAUCACGAGAGGAUCCACACCCAGGAACGUCCGUAUCAGUGUUCCCUGUGCGAUAAGAACUUCAUACAGUUAUCUGGACUCACCGGCCACAUGAGGAAACACACCGGAGAGAAGCCUUACCAGUGCACUAUCUGCGGGAACAGAUACAGCGCAUCGUCCACACUUCACGACCACAGGAGGAAAAAGCACAUGCCCUCGUCUACGACUUCAACCGUACUGCUGUCAGAACCUACAGUUCUACAGCAGCUCGAGACACAUGACGAGGUCGUCUCCAUGAGGUAUAAUGACUUAAAUAUGAUCCCUAUUCCACUUGAAACUGGAACAGGUAUUGACUCUUCAACAAGUACUUUGGGAUUGUUGUAAAUUAUGAAUUAAUUUUCUGAACUUCUAUUACCAUAUAUUGUUGAAUAUAUGCUAAGUACUGGGACACUAAUGACCCAAAGUAUGCACAAGUGGUUGCGCCAAGUAUCACUGAUACUUAUUUAGCAAACUUCAUUUUCAUCAAGGUAAAGCUGUUUUCAAUAAGUCAUGAUUUACUUCCUUUACAUUUUCAAACAACGUGGGCAAGUUUAACCAUCGUAUACUCAUCAAAACAUCUUAAAUACUUCUUAUAUUUGCAUAGGUACAAACAAACGAACCAGCGCAAGUACAAAGCUAUUAUAUAGGCUGUACUCCUGGUAAGGUCUCGGAAGGUGAACAGGCCUAAAACAGCAUAAUAAAAUCCUUAAAAAAUAUACACUACAAAGAAAACCAAUACCAGGACAUACCUCUUAACAGUAGGUAAGCACCUCAUAGCAGGGCAUCCCAUGUAAUACACAGUGGAUACGGAAAGUGAUCAGUCCCUUUUAAAAUUUUCACUCUUUGUUUCAUUGCAUCAAUUUGAUAAAAUUAAAAAGGUUGUCCUGUCGAGUCGUCCUGUCCCUGCAGCUGAAAAACACCCCCAUAGCAUGAUGCUGCCACCUCAAUGUUUCACUGUUUUGAUUGCAUUAAUGGGCAGGUAAUGAGUAGUGCCUGUUUUUCUCCACAUAUACCACAUAGAAUUAAUCUUUGUCUGAUUAGUCCAGAAAAUCUUAUUUCUCAUAGUCUGGGAGUCCUUCAUUUGUCCUUUCAUAUGUCUUGCACUGAGGAGAGGCUUCAAUAAAACAAAAAAGUGAAAAAUUGAAAGGGGUCUAAAUACUUUCCGUAUGCACUGUAGGUCAUGCUUAGCUUGAACAAGUAACGUGGACCACCAUCUCCAAGGUCUGGAUGAGGGAUACAGUCAACUGCCUGUUGGACAAAAGGCAAAGGUACAUUAAAGGUGUAUUUAUAUGCAUUGGAUAUCAGUCUCAUGUGGAACUUUUACAAGUACCAGCACUUUAACAAACACCUUGGGUUUGUUGCGACUUGCUACCACUAAAAUAAAGUUGCAUAUGGGUGAGAUACAGGGACACUUUCUACCUAUUGAACAAAUGAGUGGCUGGGUCAAGCCAUUUCUAUAAGAAACACUUUAAUUGUAUUCGAUUGUAUCCAAUCCAGCAAGGACUCACAUCUAUAUAAAAACGAAUUGUAAAGUGAGAAGGUGCAAAGUAUCAUUAUUGUCAUUGUUCCUCACUGAUAGUCUAUUGAUUGGCUUGAAAAUAAUUGAAAUCUACCUGGACCAAGGGUCUUCUUUUGGUGGAAUUAACUACCACAAGUGUGACCAUUUGGACAACCAUCCGCAAGUUCUGGAUUUGGAGAUGUGGUGCAGUGCCUAUUGGACAGAGGGCAAAUGUAGAAGUCCUUUGCGUCAAUGGAGUCAUUGGUUUGGCAAUUGAAACCGACCCUUGCAAAGGGUAUUUGGAGUGCUAAAUCUGUUGCAAUUAAAGUUUUCCAAUCGACAUGUGAUCUAUCCUUUAGUCUGGAAUGGAAGGUUUGACUUUCUAACCAAUCCCAGCUCACAUAAGCUCUUAAAGAUAAAAGAAAUCUGCAAGAUUGUAGCAGUAUUUAAAUUGAAUUUCCAUUGUUGUACAAUGUUCUUUGUCUGUAUUACUAUGAUUUCUUGUUGUUAUUUAUUUUCUAUAUAUGUCUUAAUGUUAUAAAGUAUUCUCUGUUGUCCUUAAAAUAUAACCAACAGAUAAGUAUUUUUAAUAAGAUGUUUUCUAUAAAUAAUAUAACCAGAUAACAAAUAAAAGAUCUGAGAUUUCAUUAACACAUUGGGUAUGUCUCUGAAAGUUUUAACCAAAUAGAGACAUAACAUGUGAAACAUGCCAUCAGAAGAUAAGGUAAGAAGAAAUUGCUGGAAUAAAGGGAUGCAUAUGGUUACAAACACUAUUUAAAUAGUCUGUAGCAUCCAAUUGAUGACUUAUUGGUAUUAAUGGGUCAAUAUGUGCCAAGAAAACCUCUCCGCACUAUAACAUCGUCUCCAUCAGUCUGCUCACAUAAUUCAAAAAGAAAAUAAUGCUUAUCAAGGUAAGAAUGUGCGAGAUCUAUGGAUUAA